GGUGUGUCUUAUGGUGAAGGAGCAGAGCGGAAGUCACGUGUCUCUGUUUUCUCUGCGGCUCACUUUAGCCUCAGCGGCUAACUGACCAGCAGGCUGACCGUCGGCCAGAGUGCCGCCGAGCAAGCAGCUCAGUGUGCCGGUGAGUAUACCGCGUGGGACGCCGUGUAAAAUCCACGGAGAGAACUUCAGGGUCACAGCGAGCUGCUAAUGCUACUCUCAGCCUCCGUGUUCGGCUAGCGGGGCCAAGAGAGCGGCUUCCAUUAUCGGACACUGUGCUGCUGUGGCUCGCGUUGGGAGCCGCUGCACCUCCUGCUGCUGAAGCCCAGAGAGCCGCACGGACAGAUGGAGCCUCUGUGAAGCAGUAGGAUGAUUAAAGUGUAAUGUAAGGCCAUGCUUGCUCGCCCGCCAUGACCACUGUCACGCUGCGGUACUUCUGUUAUGGCUGCCUCGUCACCUCGGCCACCUGGUCCUUCCUGCUCUUCCUGUAUUUUUCCAUGGGGGCGGAGCCUGACCGUGGCAGGACUCCCAUGAGGCACCUCGGGCAGCCAAUCACUGGAGGUGUGGCCGAUCGUAGAGGGGGGCGUCGGCCUCUGCUGCCAAGUAAUGGAGUGGAGCUUUCACCAGAGAUGGGGAUGAUCUUCAACGAGGCGGAUCAAGAGGUUCGGGACAGCGGCUACCACCGUCACGCCUUCAACGUCCUCAUCUCCAACAGGCUGGGCUUCCACCGCCAGUUGCCCGACACCAGAGACACCCAGUGUCGGGAGAAGUCCUAUCCUGUGGCUCUACCUUCUGCCAGCGUCGUAAUCUGUUUCUUCAACGAGGCGCUCUCCGCCCUGCUCAGGACCGUGCACAGCGUGCUGGACCGCACGCCGCCCUACCUGCUGCACGAGAUCAUCCUGGUGGACGACCACAGCGAGCUGGAGGAGCUGAAGGACGAGCUGGACCGCUACGUCAGGGCGGAGUUUCAGGGAAAAGUCCAUCUAGUGAGGAACCAGAGGAGGGAAGGACUCAUCAGAGGACGCAUGAUUGGAGCCUCACACGCUACAGGUGAGGUGCUCGUGUUCCUGGACAGCCACUGUGAGGUGAACCAGGCAUGGCUGCAGCCGCUGCUGGCGCCCAUCCAGAAGGACCGCCGCACUGUCGUCUGCCCCGUCAUCGACAUCAUCUCCGCCGACACGCUCGCCUACUCGCCCUCCCCCAUCGUCAGGGGCGGCUUCAACUGGGGGCUGCACUUCAAGUGGGACCCCGUGCCCCCCUCCGAGCUCAGCGGGCCUGAGGGAGCUUCCGGACCCAUCAGGUCCCCCACCAUGGCAGGCGGGCUGUUCGCUAUGAACAGGAAGUACUUUAACGAGCUCGGCCAAUACGACGCCGGCAUGGACAUCUGGGGGGGAGAGAACCUGGAAAUCUCCUUCAGGAUCUGGAUGUGCGGUGGUCAGCUCUUCAUCAUCCCGUGCUCCAGGGUUGGCCAUAUCUUCAGGAAACGGCGGCCCUAUGGCUCGCCGGGCGGCCAUGACACCAUGGCCCAUAAUUCCCUGCGGCUGGCACAUGUGUGGAUGGACGGGUACAAGGAGCAGUAUCUCUCUUUGCGUCCAGAGCUGCGCAACCGGAGUUACGGCGACAUCGGCGAGCGCGUGGCGUUGAGGAAGCGGCUGCAGUGCCACUCAUUCAGCUGGUACCUGGACACAGUCUACCCUGAGAUGCAGACCGCCGCCAACGGCAACAAGCAGCAGCCGCUGUUCAUCAACAAGAGCCUGAAGCGGCCCAAAGUCCUGCAGCGAGGACGGCUACGGAACCUCGCCAUCGGACGCUGUCUGGUAGCCCAGGGCCGGGUCAGUCAGAAGGGCGGCGCCGUCGUUCUGCGACCGUGUGACCCCCAAGACCCCGAGCAGGACUGGGCGUACGACGAGGAGGGUCAGCUGAUCCUGGCAGGUCUGCUGUGUCUGGACGUGUCAGAGGUCAGGACCUUUGACCCCCCGAGGCUGAUGAAGUGUCACGGCUCGGGGGGGUCGCAGCAGUGGAGCCUGGGGAAGUCCAACCGGAUCUACCAGGUCUCUGUCGGUCAGUGUCUUGCAGCUGUCUCCCAGCCAAUAGGACAGAAAGGUUACGUCUCCAUGGCGAUAUGCGAUGGCUCGCAGACACAGCAGUGGCAGCUGGAGGCCUGAGGAGGACGCCGCGGUGCCGUGGAUGGAAUGACCUCCGAUUCUCACCUGCUCAUUUAAUGUUUCGUGUUUUUCAUUUUAAGUUUGAUGUUUCAGUCGCAGAAGAACUUCGCCACGCCGGACGCCAUGCCCAGGCACGCCUGGAACUUCUUCAAGGUCCUUUUAAGGACCUGGAAAGUCCUGGAGUCUGGCGACUGAUUUAAUCUGAUCAGUGAUCUGAUGUUUACUUGGUCUGCCUUCAUCAUGUGACCUCUGAGGCAUCUCCGUCCUCAGAGAAGCACUGCAGGCUUUUCUGUAGGGUUUUUAUCGUGUUCACACAGGAAGUGCUUCUAAAGCAGCGACAGCACUUCCCGUCCUCCUCAGGUCAAAGGUUGCUGUAAGUCCAAAAGUUUUGCUUCAGAGGGCCGUUAGCUGCAGAGAGCUGGAAUAAAACCGAACACUCACUCACUGAAGGACUCGGAGCGUCGCCACUGCUCUCGUGUCUCCCCGUGGAACCCUGAUGAUGCUGACCCGCUGCUCAUGCACCAGAACCAUAUCUGCAGUUAUUUCUAAUGAGGAGCUUCCUCAAUGAAGUUGGUGCGAGCAUGCACGUGAGAUCAGUUCUGAUGCCACCGAUGAUAGGAAGGAAGGCGGAGCUUACUUACCGUCAGGGUAAUCCACAGUGGGCGUCGCAGCCAAUUUCCUCAAGCCGUGCCGCUAUGCUGUCACAGAGGCGCCUCGCUCGUUAUCCUUCGUUAACCGUGAAGGUCAGAAUGUUGUAAAUGUGAGUUUGUAGAAUAAAAAGUGAGGAUGUGAACCUUUAUUUUUAAAUUUUGACUGUUUGAAAUCUACAGCUACAGGAGAAAUAUCCGUGAAUGUGCAGAUUAAUAUUUACACAAAUAUACUGAAAUGUUACUGUUUGUUUGAUUAAACCUGCCACUGCUCAACUGCGCCCUCUAGAGUCACACGCUCAGAGCUGCGUUUCAGUGACAUCUAGUGGCCAAACGUGAGACAGCAGCAGGAUGUGAUUGGUUAGUGUGAAUGAUGUAAACACAGUUCAGUGAAGACGGCCCGCUGGCUCAGCUCGUUCUGCAGUAGCUGGGAGGAGGCAUGCACAUAACAUGGCCGAUGGCGUAAACGCGGCGUGAGCUCGGGCUGCGAGGUCACCAUUGACAACCAAACUGCUUUUGGCUCUUGACGGAGGCGGUCGCACUUUCUCCUUCUCCCUCUCCCUCUCACUUAUCUUUCCUGCUUGGCUUCUCAUGUCUUUUGUAUAGUCUCGCUUAUUCUCUAACCCUAAGAGAGUCUCCCAGACUUGUUCUCUAAAAACCUAAAGAAUUAUGGAUUUGAUCAACUGGUCCCUGAAUGCAAUUGACACCCUCGACGAGAAGCCUGGGUUCGGGAGAGCCCGUGACAAGACAUUGAAGACACCCUUUUGGAACCAUGAUAACAGGGUUCUUGCUGAUUGGCCCCGGCUUAUUGAAGGAUAAAGAAAGCGGAAACGGCUGUUCAAAUCCCCACAAGGCUGCCUGCUUUGUUGAUUGGAAAGAUGGAGCGAGCUGUGGCUUCUCAGAAUGGGCUCAUCAGGUGCAGCACAAAUGACAUCUUGGAGAAGUUUGGGCUGCUGUGAGUACUGAGACCGACUGACAACAUCUCGGAGAGGCUCACGGCUGUCGUGAACACUCAUGCCCUAUGAGCAAAAUGGAUAACAUCUCGGCAUGGAUGGAUAACAUCAUGGAGAGGCUCACGGCUCCAGACUUGUGACCAGUGACGGACAUUAGACAACUGUAAAAUUUGAAGCAGUUUGUUCGCACUAACCAAAACAGCUACCAUCUUCAUUUCAUGUGGCGCCAGUUGGAUGCUCAAGGCAAAAGCUGACGGGAAUAACAAUUCUCCCUUAGAUAACAAGACUGUGUUAUGACUUUCUCCCUCCUCAUUUAAGGCCACCCGCAUCGACCGAAGACUGACUUUUGCCUAAUCGGGUGAAGGGACACUUUCUCUUGGUUGAACACACACACAUACGCAUGUACACUGACACAGACCUACACUCACCCCCUCCAAACGCCUUCGAAGCUCAUGUCUUCUAUGUUGUGAGAUGUGAUGAUUCAUGUGCUGAGGUGUUUUUUUUUUUUUUCUGUUCUCAAACUGAUCUCCCUGUUGGAGGUCAGUCUAGGGGAGUUAUUUUUGUCUCCUUGUCUUUCCUCAUGUUGUGCAUUUUCCAUUGUUAUACCUCUCUGACCUGUCUUC